CUGCUGCGUCACAGGAUGAGCCAGGGCUGUGACUCGCCAACUCUUGCCAUGCUUUUCCUUAUUCUUCAGAAGAUUGUUCAUAGAACAGCAGAAGAAUUUUUUGACUUAAGCUUGUCCAUUUUUGGUAAUUGUUUCCUGUUGCUUAGGAUUCGUCUUGAGAGUGCAGUGAAUCAAGAUGGGAAGGAACCACGCAAGCGAUUAUGUUCUCUUGUAGCUUCCCCCAGCUGCACCACUGAGGACUCGAGGUUUGUGCCCCUGGGCUCUGGCCCUGGUGGCUCUGGCACCAGGACCAGUCGUCUGCCCAUGCACCAACUACAUCCCUUCCGAAAGGAGAUGAUGUUUAAAUCACAGAUCACUUCCAGUGUGAGAAUGCUCAACAAAUGUACAUGGAGGAACGCCUUACUGGCAGACCUGGAAUCCACCACCUCACACAUCUCUAAGCGACCAGUAUUUCUAACAGAGGAAACGCCUUACUCCUACCCGACUGGAAACCAUACGUACCAGGAGAUUGCUGUGCCACCCCCGGUGCCUCCGCCGCCUUCCAGUGAGGCCCUAAAUGGCACCGUGAUCGACCCCUUAGACCAGUGGCAACCCAGCGUAUCCAGAUACGCCCACCAGCAACCUCAGUCCCAGUCUCCUAUAUACAGCUCUAGUGCCAAAAGCUCCAGUGCCUCUGUUCCUAGAGACGGGCUCAGCUCCCCUUCUCCCCGUGCCAGUGAGGAGGAACACGUCUACAGCUUCCCAAACAAGCAGAAGUCUGCAGAACCAUCUCCCACAAUGGCCAGCACCUCUCUGGGGAGCAAUCUCUCGGAACUGGACAGGCUUCUCCUGGAACUGAAUGCUGUUCAACAUAAUCCUCCCAGUGGCUUCCCAGCAGAUGAAGUGAGCAGAAGUCCAUCACUGCCCAACGUGACCGGACCUCACUAUGUCAUCCCAGAGAGCAGCAGCUCUGCAGGAGGGAAGGCUGCACCCCCUACAAAAGAAAAACCAAAGCGAAAUGGUGGGCGUGGGAUCGAAGAUGUGCGUCCCAGUGUGGAGAGCCUGCUGGAUGAGCUGGAGAGCUCUGUGCCAAGCCCAGUCCCUGCAAUCACUGUGAGCCAAGGGGAGGUGAGCAGCCCCCAGCGUGUCACCGCCAGUCAGCAGCAGACCCGUAUCUCUGCUUCUUCAGCUACACGAGAACUGGAUGAGCUGAUGGCAUCCCUCUCUGACUUUAAGUUCAUGGCACAGGGAAAAGCCGGAGGCAGCAGCUCCCCGCCAUCCACCACCCCCAAGCCUGGCAGUCAGCUGGACACCAUGCUGGGAAGUCUCCAGUCUGACCUGAACAAACUGGGCGUUGCUACAGUUGCCAAGGGUGUCUGUGGAGCCUGCAAGAAGCCGAUUGCUGGGCAGGUAGUUACAGCCAUGGGGAAAACCUGGCACCCUGAGCAUUUCGUCUGCACCCACUGCCAGGAGGAGAUUGGGUCACGGAACUUCUUUGAGCGGGAUGGCCAGCCCUACUGCGAGAAGGACUACCACAACCUCUUCUCCCCUCGCUGCUACUACUGCAAUGGGCCAAUCCUUGAUAAAGUGGUGACGGCUUUGGACAGGACAUGGCACCCUGAACACUUCUUCUGUGCCCAGUGUGGAGUUUUCUUUGGACCUGAAGGAUUUCAUGAGAAGGACGGCAAAGCCUAUUGCCGCAAGGACUACUUUGACAUGUUUGCUCCCAAGUGUGGAGGCUGUGCCCGGGCUAUCCUGGAAAAUUACAUUUCUGCCUUAAACACCCUGUGGCACCCUGAGUGCUUUGUCUGUCGGGAAUGCUUCACGCCAUUCAUCAACGGCAGCUUCUUCGAGCACGACGGGCAGCCCUACUGCGAGGUGCAUUACCACGAGCGGCGCGGCUCGCUGUGCUCUGGGUGCCAGAAGCCCAUCACAGGACGCUGCAUCACUGCGAUGGGCAAGAAAUUUCACCCCGAACACUUUGUCUGUGCCUUCUGCCUCAAGCAGCUCAACAAAGGAACCUUCAAAGAACAGAACGACAAGCCCUACUGUCAGAACUGCUUUCUCAAACUCUUCUGUUAAAGGCAUCGUAGAUGGGGAGCUAAGCAUCUUUCUGCCGCCCCUUGUGGCGGUUCUGUCUCUCUGAACAUUACUGUGAUUUAGAAACCUUACCAGGCAGGGGAGGGGCGGGUGGGGGGCGGGUGGCAGCGCUCGCUGCUGCUGCUGCGGAGAGGCAGUAGAUCCAGAUUGGAGACGGACCAUUAAACAGGAAACGCCCUUGCUGUGUCCCAGUAGAGAGAGGCUCGGUCCCCUCAUUGCCGUGUGCGUCUGUGUGUGGCUGGCAGCUGAGCUUAGCCCCGGCGCUCCACCAUGGAGACCAGCCUCAGCCCCCCCAGCAGGAACGGUGUCUGCCCGUAGGAUUCUGCCUGUGUCAGCCCCGAGCAAAUCCCGACACCUGCAGACACGCAGCCCUCUGUUUUGACACUCGGCACAGCCAGGCCUCCCCCCCUCCCAUAGCAUCACGCUGCCUCCUCUCACUAGAGCCACGUGUGACUUCAAGAGCAGAGCAUCAGCACAGGCUGCCACGGCCCUGCAAGGGCCUCUCCAGUUGCAUUACACUGUAAGGAGUUGAUACCACUGAUCUUGUUGUUUCGAAGGGGAAUGGAGGUGUUGCUCCGUGGGUUCCUCUCUGCCCGGUUUGUUGCUCCCUGCCUCUUCUCCCAGCUGGGAGGCAGCGGGCGCUGUCCCCCCCCCCCAUGAAGCGGGUGCAGGGAUGGGAGCAUGGUGUUACCGCCCAGCCCCGAGUGUGAGUGUGAGCGUGCCCGUGUCACGGCCGAGCUCGUCCCGAGAGGGGAAGGAUUGGAGGGGUUUAAGGAGCCAGGAAACAACACGGGUCCCCCGCUUUCUCUUUCUUCUCCCUAUCUUUGCUCACGAGACCUGCCAGCCCUUGGCCUUUCCCGUUCCGUGCUCCCGUUCUACCAAGAGAUGCUACAGCAAUAACUUUUGUAUUGACUGCCCCCGGUGCGCCGAGCCCCCGGGUCGGGCGUUUUACUCUCGGAAUGAAUACUGUAUCCUGUCUUUGAUAAGAUUUCUACACUGAUUUUGAAUUCAUAUCUAAUUUGCUUUUAAAUCCUCUUAUACAGAAAUCGGUUUCGAAGUGA